AUGCCGGUCUUAAGUAGCCCAGAUAUUGCCAACAAGUUUAAAGAGAACUGGCUUGCGGUGUUCCCGGAAGACCAGGCUUCUGGUUUAGAAUCCACCCCCCUGGACGACAGCCUCACCAGCCUCCACUGGCUCCAGAACUUCUCCAUCCUCAGCGCAGACCCAGAGCGACCCAGCAGCAUCUGCGCCGGACCCGGCUGUCCGUCCUCCCAGCAGCAGCUCUUUCUCAGACGCCUCGGCUUCCCCAGAGCGGGCACCGACUCCCCGUCCAGCCCGCCGGCCGGGGACACGGCGUCCACCGGGAUGCUCCUGCACCCGGGCAGCCCCGUCACCUCCGGCAGCGACUCCAGCACCUCCGCGGCCUCGCGCUUCACCACCCGCGCCCAUCCCGUAUCCGGCUACUCUCACAUCCCGGUCCAGGCGAGCCCCCCCGCGGAGGUGGACUACAAAACGAACCCCAAAGUCAAGCCGCCGUACUCCUACGCCUCUCUCAUUUGCAUGGCCAUGCAGGCCAGCAAGCAGCCCAAAGUGACUCUGUCCACCAUCUACAACUGGAUCACAGAGAACUUCAGCUACUACAGACACGCGGAGCCCAGCUGGCAGAACUCGAUUCGUCACAACCUGUCCCUCAACAAGUGUUUCAAGAAGGUCCCCAGACAGAAAGACGAGCCAGGGAAGGGAGGCUUCUGGCAGAUUGAUCCGCAGUAUGCUGACAUGUUCGUCAAUGGCAUCUUUAAACGAAGGAGGAUGUCGGCUAACCACUACAGCAACGGCAGCAGUGCCCCACAGAGACAGAACAAACUGGUUCACAGUUACCACAGCAUCCAAGACACCUGUCCUUAUCAAGGUGGCAAACAGAAGACCCUGUCUUCUAAAAAUACCAGAGCACUCAGAGGCACGGAGUCCCCUCUUCUGGCCAUGGAAGCUAAUAAAGCAAACGUCCUGAAGGGGGACUUUGACCUGGCGUCCGUGUUUGAUGACGUCCUCGGUGGGAACUGUAGCACCUUCGAGGAUUUAGAUAUCAACACGGCGCUGAGCUCCCUGGGCUGUGAGAUGGAGGCGCACGGAAGGCAGCACUCUGCAGGGGUGGGCAGGUGGUGUGGCGAUGUCGCGGGUCAGAGCCAGCACAUCAACCAGCAUCAGUCCUACGGCUACCUGGACCUGAGCUCUGCUUCCGCGGAGUGCUCGGUCAACGUGGGAGAGCUCCACAUGCUGCAGCAUCACCUGCUGCAGAGGCACCAGCAGCCGGACCAAGACCAGCUGCUCCUGGGCCAGCACCAGAUGCAGCACUUCGAUGAGCCUACACUGUUCCCAGAGCAGCCGGGGGAGGCUGUGCUGCACCCCUGGGACGAGAUUAAAGACGAGACCAUUCCCCCGACCUUAGAUCCGGGGUUUGGUCUGUAUGAGGGCUUCUUCACAGACAUGCAGCCCUGGGAACGAGUGGAGACGUACAUGUAA